GGGCCACGCGGGGCAUGCCGGGCCAGCAGCAUGGAUUCCCACGAGCUCUUCCGACGGCUCGGGGCCGGCGCCAGAUUCGACGUGAAGCGCUUCAGGAGGGACGCGGAGCGGUUCAAGGUGAUUAGAACAAAGGACAAAGACACUGAUCUAUCAGAGAUUUUGGGAAAUCUUGACAUCUUUGCAAAGAAACAGCCUCCUGGAGCAAAUGAGUCCUCCAAAUCCCAUGCUGAAGCACAAGAUGAAACAGAGAAAUCCACAGUGGUGGUGAAGGCCAAGGCGGUGAAGAAGAGAAAAGUGGAUCAGCAAAGUGCUGAAGGGAGGAAAAAAAAGAAAAAGGCCCAAGAAGUGGAUCCCGUAAUUCCUGGUACUGAUCAUGAUGGGAUACUGUGGAUGUCUGCUCUGGAAGCAAAACUCAAUGUUCCAAAAAACAAGAGGGAGAAGGAGCCCACUAUAGAGAAAUUGAAACAAGCUAGACAACAAGAGAUCAAUCAUUACCGAAAUAAGCACAAGAUCUACAUUCAGGGAACGGAUCUUCCUGAACCUAUUGCUACAUUUGAGCAGCUUAGAGAAGAAUACAAAAUCCAUCCAAAGAUCAUGCAGAAUAUUGAAGCUGCUGGAUUCCAGACUCCCACUCCAAUCCAGUUGCAGGCGAUUCCCGUCAUGCUUCAUGGUCGUGAACUUCUGGCCUGUGCUCCUACUGGAUCUGGAAAGACAUUGGCUUUUUGCAUACCCAUUUUAACACACCUGAAGCAACCGAUGAACAAAGGGUUCAGAGCUCUUAUAGUAUCCCCCACACGGGAGCUUGCCAGCCAGACACACAGAGAACUGGUUAAGCUUUCAGAGGGCACCGGCUUCAGAAUACACAUGAUUCACAAAGCUGCAGAGGCCGCAAAGAAGUUUACAAAGAAGUCCUCUCAGAAAUUCGAUGUUCUGGUGACCACGCCAAACCGACUCAUCUAUCUACUGAAACAAGACCCGCCUGCAGUAGAUUUGACCAGGGUUGAGUGGCUUGUGGUUGAUGAGUCAGACAAGUUAUUUGAAGAUGGGAAGAGGGGGUUCCGAGAGCAGUUGGCCACAAUCUUCCUGGCGUGUUCCUCCCACCUUGUGAGAAGAGCCAUGUUCAGCGCAACGUUUGCACACGACGUGGAGCAGUGGUGUAAGCUCCAUCUCGACAACAUCAUUUCUAUAUCUGUUGGGGCAAGAAAUGCUGCAGCCGAAACAGUGGACCAAGAGCUACUUUUUGUUGGCUCAGAGAUGGGGAAACUACUAGCCAUGAGAGACCUUGUAAAAAAAGGCUUCACACCUCCCGUCCUGGUUUUUGUGCAGUCCAUUGAACGGGCGAAGGAGUUGUUCCACGAGCUUAUUUAUGAAGGCAUCAAUGUGGAUGUCAUCCAUGCAGACAGGACCCAGCAGCAGAGAGACAGCAUCGUCCACAAUUUCAGAGCAGGAAAGAUUUGGGUUCUUAUUUGCACUGCUUUGCUGGCAAGAGGAAUCGACUUCAAAGGAGUGAACAUGGUUAUCAAUUUUGACUUCCCCAGUAGUGCUGUGGAAUAUAUCCACCGGAUAGGUCGCACAGGGAGAGCCGGACACACUGGAAAGGCCGUGACUUUCUUCACUGAAGACGACAAGCCAUUACUACGAAGCAUAGCCAACGUUAUCCAGCGAGCUGGCUGUCCUGUGCCAGACUACAUCCGACAUUUUCGCAAGCUGCAGAGCAAGCAAAAGAAGAAGCUGAUUAAGAAGCCCUUGGAAAGGGAACACAUUCUUACUGACCCUCAGUACUUGCAGCGGAAAGCCAAGAGAAAAAAGAUGAUCGCUCAGAAAAAGGUAAAGAAGCAUUCCAGGGAUGCCAAAAUUAGUAAUGCUCAGGCACAGAGACGGCGCCAGAAAAACGAUUCAGCUCCCUUGAAUAAUCAGUCAGAAUAAGUGGUAUCUAUAGGAAGAGUGACUCCAGUAAGCCACGUGAUGUUGUUUUGGGUGUCCAUUUCUUCUUUCUGUGACAGCCUUAACAGUAAUGGCAAACUGCCCGGGCCUGUUUCCUUUAUGAAAGGGUUUGGGGACGGAGCUGCUCCCACUUGUGAGCCUUUUACUUUUGGCUCCCAGCGGGGCAGCUGAUUGGCCACUGCAGGAACAGAGUGAUGGAUUAGAUGGACUCUUUAGCUGGACCAGCGGGGCCCUUCUUAACUCCUUAUUGCACGCAGUUGGAGCACAUGUGCAGGAGGGCCUCCUUGUCCCCCAUGGGUGAUCAAAGUGUCCCUACUGCAGCCCUUCCCAACCUGAUGCCCUCCAGAUGCAUUGGACUAUAGUUCCCAUGACUCUUGAGUCAGUAAGGCUGCAGAUCCCUAACAUGCAGGAGACUGUGUUUACAAUCCAAAGCCCAUCCUGAAAGAAUUCACAUCGUUUACAAAUUAUCCUCUUUGGGCAAUUGUUGGAUCAUUUUGGACAUAAAACUCCCAAUAAACUUGCACCCAAAUGGUUUCA